AUGACGCUUCGACAGCACUGAUCCGCGCAGGCAGCGCCAUGGCCGGUGGGAACUUUGGGAUUUGGGCUGCACUCCUUGCGUGUCUAUGCGUGAGCGCGCCUCACCCUGCGGGAGGGAGCGGCGGCGUUCAACACGCCGAGCAGAAAGGCGACGGCACCACGAUACCUUUCCAGCUCGUUGGACAGGACUGGAAACCGAUGCACCUGCUCCAAUCGCAGAAUCACCCGACGACGUUGAAGCUGCUGAUCGAGGCGGAAGGCCGACGACUGCUUUUGACGCUUCGCAAAAACGUGGGUCUGUUUGCAACCGGCUACAAAGAAACUCAUUACCAACGUGAUGGCACUGCAGUCACAGGCGCACACAACUCCGUGGCUCACUGCUACUACCACGGCGAGGUGGAACGUCACCCAGACUCGGACGUCAGCCUCAGCACCUGCAACGCCGCGCUCAAGGGGCUGAUAUCCGUGGACGGCGAAUCGUACGUGAUUGAGCCGGCGGCCCGGGGCCCUCGCGGAACUCACCGGAUCUACUCGACGCAACGCCUCCGCUCGGUUGCCGGCACGUGCGGGCAUCAUUGGAACACGUCCGAAGCCGUCGCCCCGCCUGACCGCGACCCGUUCCAAUCCUUCAGCGCCAGGCACAAGCGUCACAUCCAGAGCACCACAAAGUACGUGGAGCUGGUCAUCGUGGCCGACAACCGCGAGUUUCAGAAGCAAGGCAAAGACCUGGAGAAAGUCAAGCAGCGGCUGGCCGAGAUUGCCAAUUACGUGGACAAGUUCUACAGGGCCUUGAAUAUCCGCGUGGCCCUGGUGGGCCUGGAGGUCUGGAGCGACGCUGACAAGUGUCCGGUCACGCAGGACCCCUUCACCACCCUGCACGAGUUCCUGGACUGGAGGAAAGUCAAGCUGCUCCCUCGCAAGCCUCACGACAACGCGCAGCUCAUCAGCGGGGUCUACUUCCAAGGGACCACCAUCGGCAUGGCGCCCAUCAUGAGCAUGUGCACGGCGGAGCAGUCCGGAGGAAUCGUCAUGGAUCAUUCGGACAACCCCCUGGGCGCCGCCGUCACGCUGGCGCACGAGUUGGGCCACAACUUCGGCAUGAACCACGACACGCCCGAGCGGGGGUGCGGCUGCCGAGUGACGGCGGAGCGCGGCGGUUGCAUCAUGACUCCUUCCACCGGGUACCCCUUCCCGACCUUGUUCAGCAGCUGCAGCAAGAAGGACCUGGUGGCCAGCUUGGACAAGGGCGUGGGCAUGUGUCUCUUCAACAUGCCCGAGGUCAAGGUGCUCUACGGCGGGCAGAAGUGCGGCAACGGCUACGUGGAGGAGGGCGAGGAGUGCGACUGCGGCGAGCCCGAGGAAUGCUCGAAUCCCUGCUGCAACGCCACCACCUGCACCCUGAAGGGGGACGCCGUGUGCGCCCACGGCCAGUGCUGCCACCACUGUCAGCUGAAACCGGCGGGAACUCCGUGCCGCGACUCGGGCAACUCGUGCGACCUGCCCGAGUUCUGCACAGGCGGCGGCCCCCACUGCCCCGCCAACGUCUACCUGCAUGACGGGCACGCCUGCAGCGGCGUGGACGGCUAUUGCUACAACGGCGUGUGCCAGACGCACGAGCAGCAGUGCGUGACGCUGUGGGGCCCGGGUGCCAAGGCCGCACCUGGCAUCUGCUUCGAGAGAGUCAACUCGGCGGGCGAUCCUUACGGCAACUGCGGCAAAGACGCAAAAGGAUCCUUUGCCAAAUGUGAUGCAGGGGACGCCCAGUGCGGAAAAAUCCAAUGCCAAGGGGGAGCCAAUCGGCCCGUCAUCGGCACCAACGCCGUCUCCAUAGAAACCAACAUCCCCUUACAAGAGGGCGGCAGGAUCCUGUGCCGCGGCACGCACGUCUACUUGGGCGACGACAUGCCCGACCCGGGCCUGGUGUUGACGGGGACCAAGUGCGGCGGUGGAAUGAUGUGCCUGAACCGCCGGUGCCAGAACGUCAGCGUUUUCGGCGUGCACGAGUGCGCCGCCAAGUGCAACGGGCGAGGGGUGUGUAACAACAAGAAGAACUGUCACUGCGAGGCGCACCGUGCACCACCUUUCUGCGACACGUCCGGUUUCGGGGGCAGCGUGGACAGCGGUCCCGUCCGACUGGCAGAUGGCAUCCGUGUGACGGUGGGCGUCCUGGCGGUGCUCCUCACACUGGUGGCCGCCGCUGUGGUGGUGUGCAUCAAACGGAAAAGUCUGCGGGGGGUGCUCUCCGGCACCAAGAAGGCCCCGGCUGACAAGCUCAGAUCCAUAAGCGCCUCGACGGGCGCGCCAUCCACUCCCAAGCGGCCUCAGCCGACGAGCGUGCCGUCCCCGUCUCGACCGGCACCACCUCCGCCCCACAGCGCCACCAUCUUCAAGCCCCCUCAUCGGGGGCCACAGACGCAGCUCCCGCCGCCGCCGCCAUACCCGUCGCACAGCCUGCGCCGCUUGCCUCAGUGCCAGCCUCUCUCGCUUAGCGUGUCACUGACCGCGGUGGCGGCGGCGCCUCCUCCUCUUCAUCUUCAUCCUCACGUCCAUGUGGCGGUGGCGAGAAGGACGGCUGUGGCGUUCAACGGCUGCAGAAUGGAAACGGAGCGGCCUGGCCCCCCUCAGAAGCCCCUGCCAGCAAACCCCCGGACCUCCCACGCCAUACUUGGACCAGGACCAGGAUCUGGACCUGCACCCAGACCCGAACCUGGACCCAGACCCGUACGCCCUCAGUCUGCAAAAAGCGUGGCCCAGCAGCCCGCCACGUUGCCCAAGCCCCGCGUGAUGGCCAACGUCAAGUUUGGCAGAUGAUGACGUUGCGGCAGCGGUGGAAUUGUUUGCACUUGGAACCGCCUUCAAAAUGGCGGCCCUGACAUGCCUCCUUGGUGCUAAGAGUUCAGGUACAUGCAAGUGAACUAUUUAUCUGAUCCCUAUUUAUUUGUCGCCACGUAGUGCACUGUGCCUGGCACUUUUAUUGUUUUACAUCGGGAGCCAAGAAUUACAGCCAUGCUGUCUUGUUUGUCAUCACCUCAUUUAUAUGUUUGGAAAGCGAGAAAAUUGUUGGAUUUGCCACUCUGUGAGCAAGACUCUUGCCUUGGCUUAGGGAUGUUUUUUUUUAAAGGUUAGAACGGAUGACAGAUUAAUUUCAAUGGGCACAUUGCAUUUGACGUAUGAAUACAUUGAGUCAAGAGCUUGGCAAACUCGUACGUCAGGGAAAGUUACGAGUCCCACCUUUUACUUUUGCAGUUGUAUUUUUUUUGGGUCACUUUUGCUUUAAAAUGUGAUUUUUUUUUUCUAUGCAUCAGAAUUGUCAACUUUUGGGUUACAACCCACUUCCCCCAUAUAUCCUUACAGCAGCCUGGGUAAGAAGUACCAUAUGUGAAUUCUACCAAUUUUAUUUUUUGUUUUUUAUGUUGCUGGCUGUCAAAUUUCGUGCAAUGCUAAACUAAACUUGAAGCCAGUGGAUGACUGCAAAUGACCGCUCUGCUUUGAACUGCCGCACCUCGUAUAAUACCGUACUCCUGUCUUGUUCAUAUCUCAUGCAAACAUACUGCAUAAUUUUGUCAUUUCUUCUUGUCGUGUUGUUUUGUUAGUUAAAUCACACGUAAAAAAAAAAAAAAACAGGAAAAGCCUCAAAUGGGACUGAACUUUUGUUACUUUUGAUAACAUUUAGGUUGGUAUCAUGCACUAGUUUUACUGCAAACAAAAAACAUGUCUGUGCGCUUGGAAGCACCCUGUGUUUGUGUGCGUGCGUGUGUGUGUGUGUGUGUGUGUGUUACAGGUGAACACAUGUUUUUCUAUGCCAAAUGUUUGAUACAUCCUAUGUGCAGUAAACACUGUCCACAGGG